UCCGCGCAUGCGCAGACAGUGGGCCCGUCAUUGUCCACACAGUGCUCUGAGCGGAGGUGCUCAUCCAUGCUGCUCUUAUUCUUCUGUGUCUGAAACGUGUCUGGUUUGCGUGAUAAACAGGCGUUUUCGGGGCAGCACAGCAACAAAGGACUACUGAAUUAUGAAGCAAUGUUCCACCAGACCCUCCCUCUCCAGCUCUAGUUACCACACUCAAUGCUGCUCCCGGGCUCGACGGUUUUGCUGUUGGUAGCUCUCUGGCUGGGUCUUAGAGAAAGAAGGAAAGGAGAGUUUGCUGUCCACAUCAGCUGUUGUUGGGGCACAUAUGGUGCAUUGCUGCCAUUCCCAAGCCUACAUCCCCAAGGCUCUGCCUCUUGUUCGCCUGUGGUGUCAGUAGGAUCUGGCCCUCAAAUAGGAUAUUAAGCAUUUUUUGAGUUCCUUUUUUUGUUCUUUGUGUUUUUUUGGAGUGGUGGCGUCAGACGACCACGAUUAAGGUCUUGUUCAGUUUUUUUCCCCUCCACUACCUCUGAGGUGGUGGUAGAACGGAUUAGACCAUGGAGCCCAAUAUGGAGUACUGUUUGACACAGGUGCUACAGAAAGAUGUUGGCCGCAGGCUGCAGGUGGGUCAGGAGCUCAUCGACUACAUCAGCGAUAAGGACAAGUCCCAUGACCUAGAGCAGGACCAGACUGCUCUAGAUAAAAUGGUGGAUGGCCUUGCCACCUUGUGGGUCAACUCCAGCCACUUUAAGUUGGCUCUUCUUGGAUUGGAAAUAUUGUCUGCCUUAGUGACUCGAUUGCAAGACCGCUUUCGGGCGCAAGUUGGAACAGUUUUACCUAGCUUAAUUGAUCGGUUAGGCGAUGCCAAAGAUCAAGUCAGAGACCAGGACCAGACGCUGCUGCUGAAGAUCAUGGAACAGGCUGCUAAUCCUCAGUACAUGUGGGACAGAAUGCUGGGGGGAUUUAAACACAAAAACAACAGGACCAGAGAAGGAGUCUGUCUAUGUCUCAUUGCAACACUAAACGUAUAUGGUGCCCAAGGUUUAACCCUAAGCAAAAUUGUACCACAUAUAUGUAAUCUACUAGGGGACCCCACAAGUCAGGUGAGGGACAGUGCCAUGAAUUGCCUUGUGGAAAUAUAUAGACAUGUUGGAGAGCGAGUUAGAGUGGACCUCAGCAAAAAAGGAUUACCACAGUCCAGAUUGAAUGUGAUUUUCGCCAGAUUUGAUGAAGUCCAAAGAUCUGGGAACAUGAUUCUCUCUUCAGAUAAGAACUUUGAUGAUGAGGAUUCUGUGGACGGAGGCAGAUCUUCCUCUUCAUCUUCUAAAGGCUUCUCCAGCAGCAAGCGAGGAGGAAACAUGGGCUCCAUGAGACGCCCCAGCUCAGCCUCUGGACCCCGUGCUGCAGGGAAGGAGGGAGCCAGUGCAGGAGCCGUGGAUGAAGAGGACUUCAUCAAGGCCUUCGAAGAUGUUCCUGCAGUACAGAUCUAUUCCAGUAGGGAAUUUGAAGAUUCCUUUACUAAGAUUCGAGAGGUGCUAUCAGAUGACAAGCACGACUGGGAGCACAGAGUUGCUGCUCUAAAGAAAGUGCGAUCACUGGUUCUGGCUGGAGCUUCAGAACAAGAAGGUUUUCUUCAGCAGAUCAGACUUUUGGAAGGUGCCUUCAAGCUCUCUGCGAAAGACUUGCGCUCUCAAGUUGUCCGGGAAGCGUGCAUCACUCUUGGGCAUAUUUCCUCAGUGUUGGGCAACAAGUUUGACCACGGAGCAGAGACCAUCAUGCCCACGCUGCUCAAUCUCGUGCCCAACAGCGCCAAAGUCAUGGCCACAUCAGGGGUGGUCGCCAUCCGCCUCAUCUUACGGCGUACCCACUAUCCUCGCCUCAUCCCCAUAAUCACCAGCAACUGCACAUCUAAAUCAGUGGCAGUUCGAAGACGGUGUUAUGAAUUUCUAGACCUGCUGUUGCAGGAAUGGCAAACAAAUACGUUAGAGAGGCAUGUUGCUGUUCUCACCGAGACCAUCAAGAAAGGGAUUCAUGAUGCAGACUCUGAGGCCAGAUCUGUUGCCAGAAAGUGUUAUUGGGGAUUCCAUGGCCACUACAGCCGGGAGGCGGAGCACCUGUUUCAGGCUCUGGAGUCGACCUAUCAAAAAGCCCUCCAGUCUCACCUAAAGAGUUCAGACAGCAUUGUGUCGCUGCCUCAGUCCGAUCGUUCCUCCUCCAGCUCUCAGGAGAGCCUGAACCGCCCACUGUCUGUGAAGAGUGUCAUAGGAGGCAGCAUGACCAGAAGUAAAGUGGUGAGCUCCAGAGCUCCCUCCACGCCAGGCUCCCUUCAGCGCUCUCGCAGCGACAUCGACGUAAACGCUGCCGCCAGUGCCAAGUCCCGCUUGUCCACCACGCCUUCACCAUCUCCCUUCAGCUCUGCUGCAGCCCUGCCUCCAGGAUCCUACGCCUCUCUGGAUGGUACACCUGGUAAAAUAGAUGGUCGAGUGCGCACAAGAAGGCAGAGCUCCGGCAGUGCCGUUGGUGCUAACAAUACAGUAACGGACAGCCGAGGCCGAAGCAGAGCUAAAGUAGUGUCUCAGUCCCAGCGAUCCAGAUCAGCUAACCCUACUGGUGCCGGCAGCCGUUCCAGCUCCCCUGGAAAGCUCCUGGCUCACACGUAUGGCAGAAUCCCACGGACCACUCCCACAGCUACACCCACAGACAAGCGCACAAGGGUCCCAAGAAGCCAGGGAUGCAGCCGAGAAACCAGCCCCAGCAGGCUGGGCCUAGCCAGGCUGUGUGGUAAAGCUCUUCUUCCUGCUGCUUCUCCUUACCGCACGCUAGCCCGGAGCAGCCGCAUCCCCCGCCCCAGCAUGAGUCAGGGGUGCAGCCGUGACACCAGUCGCGAGAGCAGCCGUGAUACCAGCCCCGCUCGGGGCUUCACUCCUUUGGCCUCCCGGCGCCACUCUCGCUCCACCAGUGCGCUGUCCACGGCCGACCCCGUGGGCCAGUCAGAUCGGUUUGGGCUGAUCCACCAGGCCCGGAUCUCUGCUACUGUGAAUGCCAUGAGAGUUCUCAACACAGGGACGGAGGUUGAAGCUGCUGUAGCGGAUGCAUUGCUGUUAGGAGACUCCAGGAAUAAGCGCAAACCUGUGAGACGGCGGUUUGAGUCUCCAGGGAUGUUCUCUGAUGACGAUGCCAACAGUGAUGCGUCUAGUGCCUGCUCUGAGCGCUCGUGCAGCUCGAGGAACGGUGGUAUCCCACACUACCUGCGGCAGACAGAGGAUGUUGCGGAGGUCCUAAACCACUGUGCCAGCUCCAAUUGGUCUGAGAGAAAAGAGGGCCUGCUGGGCCUGCAGAACUUACUCAAAAGCCAGCGUGUGCUUAGCCGAGUGGAGCUGAAAAGGUUAUGUGAGAUCUUCACCAGGAUGUUUGCAGAUCCUCACAGCAAGGUGUUUAGCAUGUUCCUGGAGACUCUAGUAGACUUCGUCACUGUUCACAGAGAGGACCUGCAGGACUGGCUCUUUGUCCUGCUAACUCAGUUACUUAAGAAGAUGGGAGCUGAUCUCCUGGGCUCGGUUCAGUUGAAAGUGCAGAAGGCUCUUGAUGUCACCCGUGAGUCCUUCCCAUUUGACCAGCAAUUUAAUAUUCUCAUGAGGUUUAUUGUUGAUCAAACCCAAACACCCAAUUUAAAGGUCAAAGUAGCUAUCUUGAAGUAUAUUGAGUCCCUGGCAAGACAGAUGGACCCUGGAGACUUUGUGAAUUCCAGUGAGACAAGAUUAGCUGUGUCCCGAAUCAUCACCUGGACCACAGAACCCAAAAGCUCUGAUGUCAGAAAGACCCUUCAUAACUGGGCCAGUGAGGACUUUACAGGCAGGCCCAGCACUACAGCCCUGCUGCCUGGCGAGGGUAACCUGGAGGAAAGGUGUAAGCAGGCUGCCCAGAUUGUGCUGAUCUCUCUGUUUGAGCUGAACACACCUGAGUUCACCAUGCUCCUGGGAGCUCUGCCCAAAACAUUUCAGGAUGGUGCCACCAAGCUUCUUCACAGCCAUUUGAAGAACUCCAGCAACACCAGUGGAGUGAGUUCUCCAAGCAACACAAUGGGACGCACCCAGUCUAGGCACCCAUACAGCAGGACCAGCCCCCUCACCUCCCCCACAAACUGCUCUCAUAGUGGGCUUUCACCCAGUAUGAUGGAGUAUGACACAGAGAACAUGAAUUCUGAUGAGAUCUAUAGUUCACUACGUGGUGUAACAGAGGCCAUCCAGAGCUUCAGCUACCGUAGCCAAGAAGACCUCAAUGAACCGAUCAGGCGGGAAGGCAAGAAAGAUGAUGCGGUUGGUCGGGAGGCAGCAUCUCCAGGCUCUGAUGCUCGGUUAGGGUUGGAUGUAGUGGAGGGAGGCCGCACAGCAUUGGAUAAUAAGACGUCGCUGCUCAACACCCCCUCUCCUCGUGCUUUUGCUGGACCAAGGACUCGAGAGUUUGCACCUUACGGCUACGGAGACACUAUUGGAGGUUAUGAUAAGAGUGCUUUAAAAGAGGCCGUCUUUGACGAUGAUGUGGAACAGUUCCGUGACUGCCGUCGGCAGGAGUGUGGUGAGAACAAGAUGGUGCUCUCCAAGGGCUUUGCUCCUGACCUGGUGGCAGACCUGCUGAAGGAGUUGUCCAAUCACAACGAGCGAGUAGAAGAGAGGAAAGGAGCGCUAGUGGAGCUGCUGAAGAUCACACGGGAGGACAGCAUGGCUGUGUGGGACGAACACUUCAAAACCAUCCUGCUGCUGCUGCUAGAGACACUCGGAGACAAAGAUCACACCAUCCGGGCCCUGGCUCUGCGUGUUCUAAAGGAGAUUCUAAGGAGUCAGCCGGCCCGCUUUAAGAACUAUGCAGAACUCACAAUCAUGAAGACCCUAGAAGCUCAUAAAGACUCUCACAAGGAGGUUGUGAGGGCUGCUGAAGAGUCCGCUUCUACGCUAGCAGGUUCCAUCCAUCCAGAGCAGUGCAUCAAGGUUCUGUGUCCCAUUGUGCAGACUGCAGACUACCCCAUCAACUUGGCAGCCAUCAAAAUGCAAACUAAAGUCAUUGAACGCAUAGCCAAGGAAUCCCUCCAUCAACUGCUGCCAGACAUCAUUCCUGGACUAUUACAGGGCUACGACAACACUGAGAGCAGCGUUCGCAAGGCCAGUGUGUUCUGCCUAGUAGCCAUCUACUCUGUGAUUGGUGAGGAACUCAAACCUCACCUGGCGCAGCUGACAGGCAGCAAGAUGAAGCUGCUGAACCUGUACAUAAAAAGAGCGCAAACCACCACCACCAACAGCAACAGCAGCAGCUCCUCUGACGUGUCGUCCUACAGUUAACCCUGCAGAGUGGAUGUGUUCAUCAGUACCCUGCUGUCACCAAUGGGAACUUAGUUGUGCCUCCUUCAGACCUCUUUGUUCCUCUUUAUUCUCUUUCCUCUCACAUUGUCUUUUUGGAUAUUUCCAGAAAAGACAUUUUGCCCGUUUUAGCCAUUUUUAUUUUCACGUUUUUCCGUUUAUUUCCUUUCUGAAUGUAAAGAAGGAUUGAACUGAGAAGAUGAUGUGCUUUUGAUUUCCAGUGUGUUAGAGAUCAGAUCUUCCUUUGACUGACAUCACUUUUUUUUUAAGCGUAGACUUCCUUCUUCUCUGAAGAAAUGAUUUAAGACUUGAUAUUUAAAAUGAAUAAUGUGGUCUUUUUCAAACCUAUAGUGUUUGCAAUACUUACAAUGUUUGUUCGUUGCUUAAUGAAGUUUUACAAGACCAUUCGGGACGUUUUAAACGGGGCACAGUUGUGAAGGUCCAAUAAGGUCACUUGAAACUCACUUGAAAUUCAUUUAGUGGUAGAGGAUCAUUUGGCUGGCCGAGUGAUUUUAAAUGUGAUUCAAACAGGAGAGGACAGAGUUGUUUUAAGGUAAAUCUAAAAUGGCAACCAAAAAAAUAGAACUAAAUAUAAAACUUUAUUUCCAUUUGUAUUAGAAUGACCUGCCACCAGAUCUGCACACCUUACAACACAGAAAAUAUUGUGGAGAAGUUAUAUCUUUAAAUGUUAUGUUUUAUGUUCAUCAUUGAAGGUUGUAUUAUUGUUUCAAAAGACUUUGUUUUAUAAAAGUGUCAAAUAGUUUUUGCAUAUUCACAGUAAAUUAUGCCCAGAUGUGGUGGCACGCAGUCACGUGAGAGAUCAAGUACUAACUAUUAAUUGAAGUAUGUUCCUCAGUCACCCCAGGAUUUAGCAUUUCUGUUCACCAAAUUCAAACUAUUCAUACAAUCCAGCCCAAAUCUUCUGCAAUAAAUGUUUUAGGGUUUGGGGAAAUUGUAAUCAUUUCUGAUCAUUCUUUUUACAACUAAUAAAUUCAGUUGAAUAGCAUUAAAACUUCACACACACAAAAUUAAAGCUAAUAGUCAAACCUAAACCAUUUAAUUGCAUAGAAAAUUCCACAGGGCUUUUCUUUUCAUUUCCUCGACACAGUAGGUUGAAAAAUACAAAUCAAGUACGUAUUAAAAAUGUUUUUGACAAUGGAAACUAUCUUAGUACUGUAAAAUAAAUCAUGUAUACAAUCUUUGGUGAAAGGAACACUGCAAAAUCCUGGAUGGACUGUUUGUUUUAUAAACAGGUGUUUAUAAUAAGCCCCAUUAGUUUUGAACAUGAUGACAAUCUGAAAUCUGUAAAUUGCUCUCAGUACGGAAGUAAAGCAGAAGCGUGGGAUUAAAAAAAAAAAAAAAGUUUUCAAUGAGAUAAAUCAAAUCAAAUCAGAUUUAUAUAAAGGAAGCAUGAAUAAGCAGUAUGCUGUGGGUUCUGAAACACUGAAUGAAUCUUUUUUGCUUUCAUUUUUUACAAUCGCUGAAUCAUGAUGAGUCCACUAAUGGCUGAAAAGCCAAGUCUGGAACACUAAUUAAUUAUAUAAUAAGAAUUAUCCCACAGUGAUGACAACUUCACACUCUACCAUGCCUUACAUCUUCUUUACUCAUAGUAUGGUUUGAUUACUCCGGCUGUCGGUUAUGAGCGUGUGCUCUGACUGAAACAAGAAAAGAGUAACAGUGCUGUAGAUGCAGCUCUUCUGUCUGCAGAUCUGUGAAUUUUUUUAAAAUCCUUAAAAAAUUGGCUCGUUAAGUAAAAUAACCACAAAGUAAUAGCAAAAAAGUCACAUUGUCAAAUGACUGAACCAGUCACCUUUCUGCAGAUUUCGGCUGUCGGAGGUUUUUUGUACAUAAACUUCAGUCAUUGCUUUGCAGACGUCACUGAGAAGAUAAAAAAAAAAAAAAUUAAAACGUGUGUUUUGCACUCUUUUGCACGUUAGCAAAAUAGCCUGCAUGUUUUGGAACUUUGGACCAUCUUGCGCUGCGGUGACUGGCCUUGUCGUUUUAGAGAACCUGCCUCUUCCAGUAGUGGUCAGUGGUCAGUCUGUAAAUACAGUAUUAUUGUUUUCCUCCUCUAAUGAGAGGAGGCAGCCGACUACAAAAAUCUACACAGGGCUUAAAGAGACGACCAAACUUUCACACUUUUAUCCGUUUCUCUAUAAAUGAGACCAUGAGAAAACUUGAGAUCUUGAGUUUCCACCAUGUAAUACUACAUCAAUACUACAUCAGGCAUGUGGCUUUAGCAAAGGUACACUAUACACUGUGUGCGUGCCUUGGUAGUAUUCGUCUUUUCUUUGUCGUGAACUGAUUCAGAGUGUGGGCCACGCAAGACUCUUUAAUAGUGUUUGAAUUGGGGCCAACUUAAAAAAAAUACUAAAAUAAAAUAAAAAUUAAAUAUAAAGAAUGGAGUCUGUUAUGAGGUUCAACACGGCAAGAAUUAGCUUUAAUUUAGUUCAUCAAUGGGUCUCUCGAUAAUCUGUGGAAACAUGGGGCCACGAAAAGUAUUCCAGUUGUUCUCUUUGUGUGUUAUAACUUUGUUUUGUCAUGUAUUGCUCAUAUCUGUAUUUAUACAUUUAUUUUCUUUUAUCAUAACAGCUGUACAGUUGUUUUUUUCCAUUCUUUUUUAAGGGCCACCUGUGAUAGAUUUGCAACCUAAAUCUGUUUGCCCUAGAAAUAAACCGACCUGAAAGUU